AUGGCACAAAAACAAUUAACAGAAAAAUMCUAUGAUAAAARCCAUGUUUUUGUUUUACAAGAUAGCAAUGGCUUUCAUGUAAUGCUGCGCCAUAAACUUGGAAAGRARAGCAGAACACUGRAGACAAGGAAAAAYKAUAUUUCUUCGCGAAAAAMUGCUGAUAGCCUUUCCCUGGGCACKGAAACAAGUCCUUYWUCAGAGUACCCUUUGAAGAGCAAGUCAUUGUCAGCCGCAAAGCUAAUCGACUGUUAUUUAUACAUAGGAACAUUACAUAUURAUGAGAAAAAUGUCCUUUCCGUACUCGAAAUAGCUCUACGACUAGGGCUGACCGCUGUACAAGACGCCUGCAUGCUCCUUCUCWCCAAGUCACUUASAUUUGGGAACUGKAAUGAAGUGUUUCGUCUUGCUAAAGACUAUCGCAAUAAUACAUUGAAGAAUGCCUUGACGAAAUUCAUGAACCAGCACUUUUCAAAGUGUUUCACAAGAAAAGAUUUCUUAACUCUGACUGGAUCCUUGACACGAAGCAGACUUGAUCGACAAAGUCUGAAGUUUCUUCUACGACGGUUSAACGCGGGAAAAACGACGAAAAACAUGCUAAAAUUCAUGUCAGAAGUACUCAGUAGCGAAGCAAAGAUGUGGGGAUGUUGUUUUAAAGAGUAUCUAAAAAACAGUGAUAAUUUGCGAGCAAAGGARACUGCUGUGCGUCACAAUGUUGYCAYCAMGAAUAGCAAUYCUCAAAGUCACACCUUUUUAAACAACUUAGCAAUACAGCCUUCAAGGUCCAACSUCCUUUAUUCUCCAAUCAAUACAAUGUUAACCCAAGGGAUCGURSUUGCUGGAGGUAUUACAGACGUGCAGAAUSCUAAACCCAUARACUCKGUAUUCUUGUAUGAYCCGAGAAGUAGUAGAUGGYGUACWCUUCCAUCCAUGUCCCGUCCAAGGUAUAAUCACUCCCUUAUUUCUUUCAACGGUACAGUGUUUGCUAUAGGAGGCAGCACWAUUUCAAGGGAUAACGCUCUAAUUGAGACUAAACGAGACAUCAGUAUCACUGACACUAUGUUUAACUCUUCCAUUAUUCAGACUCAAACUAACUCGGUCGAACACUACUCGAUGGAACUUAACAAAUGGGUUGAAAUGYUACCGAUGAUUUUAUCCCGAGAGGAGCACUCUGCUGUAGUCGUUAGCAAUCAGGUGUUCAYAAUUGGCGGCCAUGAUGGAGUCAGYCAGUUGUGUUCAGUCGARAAGUACGAUCUCAYYAGYGGUCWGUGGUCACUGGAGAAACCUAUGACACGUCUGCACACCGGAGCUGGCGCGGCUACUGAUGGCAGAYACAUCUACGUUGUUGGWGGAUACGAUGGAAUCACGUGGCUAAAUAGKCUGGAAUGUUACGAUACGUUGACGAAGAGCUGGUCAMGUGACAAGCUCUCUCCCAUGAGCGAAAGGCGUGGCUAUGCUGGGGUUGAGAUGUUGAAAGAUGAAAUUUUUGUGUUUGGAGGAACAAAUGGCUCCAAUCAUCUAAAAACGUGUGAAGUGUUUAAUCUUGGUAAGAMAGAAUGGAGAAAAGGACCUCCUUUGAAUCAAGCAAGACUCAAUGCAGCUCACUGCGUUYAYGAUGAUAAAAUUCUAGUCAUGGGAGGAGAGUGURAUGGAAGGUUUCUUGAUACGGUGGAACAGCUUAACAUCAGCCAGUGGGAAUGGAGAAYCGUUGGUAAAUUACCGAUCAAAGUUGCUGGUUUGCAAUGUGCCGUUUUGGCUAAAUAUAAAUGA